CUUCCAUCUCCUCUCAACAUAUCAACCAAACCCCAGCUCAAAUUCAUGGCUUCACUUUAAUAGAAACCUCUCUCCUCCCCCCCAAGAAACCUAGGAAACCUCCCCAGAUUCUGUUGCUUAUGCAUUCUUUAAUGGACCUGAGGAGGCUUGCAAUCACCAAACCCAUCUAUGUCUACACACCCAUUACCCGCCCCUUGACCUGCGUGACAUCCACUGCCCAACAGAGCCUCCAAACCCAACAAGACCUCCAGAAGCAGUCUCCGCAGCCGUCAUUGAAGCAACCGGAGUUUUCUAAUCAGAAUUUGGUCAAGUUGGUAUCUUCUAUUCUCUCAAAACGAUCUCUUGAUUCUUCCAGCUGUAAAGAACUCUUACCUGGGUUGUCUCCUUAUGAGUUUGAUCGGCUGCUCUUGGAUGCUCGAUCCAAUGUGAACCCCAAAACUGCUUUGAAUUUCUUUUACUUUGCUUCGAAGUCGUUCAAGUUUCAGUUCACCGUUCGAUCUUAUUGCAUUUUGAUACGUUUGCUUCUUGUUUCGAAUCUUUUAGCUCCUUCAAGGUUGCUUUUGAUUCGUUUGAUUGAUGGGAUGAUGCCAGUUUUGUCUGUAAAUAAUCCUAGCGUCAGGCAUUUGGAGAUUGCUACGGUAAUGGCAGAUUUAAAUACGGUUUUUGAGCCGGGUAUUGGUGUUCAGGUAGCUGAUUUGUUGGUACAUGUUUAUUGUAGCCAGUUUGUGAAUUUGGGUUUGAGUCAUGCUGUUGAUGUGUUUUCGUUGCUGGGGAGAAAGGGUAUCUUUCCUUCUUUGAAGACUUGCAACUUCUUGCUGAGUGCUUUAGUGAGGGCUAAUGAAUUGCAGAAGAGUUAUGAAGUGUUUGAAAUGAUGUCUCAUGGUGUCUCUCCCGAUGUUUUCUUGUUUACUACUGCAAUUAAUGCAUUCUGCAAGGGAGGAAGAAUUGAGGAUGCAAUUCAGUUGUUUUCUAAGAUGAAGAAAUCAAAUAUAGCUCCAAAUGUUGUUACUUACAACAAUAUCAUUAAUGGUUUAUGCAGGAGUGGGAGUCUGGAUGAGGCAUUUCAGCUUAAAGAGAAGAUGACAGAAGUGGGUGUGAAACCAACUGUUAUAACAUAUAGUGUUCUUAUAAAUGGUUUGAUAAAGUCGGAUAGAUUUGAUGAAGUCAAUUUUGUUUUGAAGGACAUGUCUGAUAGUGGGCUUGUUCCAAAUGAGGUUAUAUAUAAUACAUUAAUUGAUGGGUAUUGUAAAUUGGGAAACAUUAGUGAGGCACUAAAGAUUAGAAACGACAUGUCAUCCAAGGGGAUAAGUCCCAAUUCUGUGACAUUUAAUUCACUGAUAAUUGGCUUCUGUAGGAGUGGUCAAAUGGAGCAUGCUGAGCAUUUGUUAAAGGAAACUCUAUCAAGAGGAUUAUCUGUAAGUGAAGGUGUGUAUGCAUCAGUAAUUCACUUGUUAUGCAACGAGUCUAGAUUUUACUCUGCACUAUUUUUCACCAGGGAAAUGCUGUUUAGAAAGUUGAGGCCUAGGGAUGACUUGCUUACUAAGUUGUUUAGUGGACUUUGUAAGGAUGGAAAGCAUUUGGAGGCAACUGAGCUUUGGUUUAAGCUCUCAGGGAAAGGGUUUGCACCCAACACUGUGACCUCCAAUGCAUUAAUUCAUGGCUUGUGCGAAGCAGGUAACAUGAAAGAGGCUGGUAGGAUUCUAAAAGAGAUGCUAGCAAGGGGCUUGGUAUUGGAUAGGAUCUCAUACAAUGCACUGAUUUGGGGAUGUUGCAAAGAAGGAAAAGUUGAGGAAGGUUUUAAGCUCAAAGAGAAGAUGAUUAAGCAAGGAAUUCAUCCUGACAUCUCUACUUACAAUUUGCUACUACUUGGACUUUGUAAUGUCAGUAAGGUGGAAGAAGCUGUUAAGCUUAGGGACGAAUGCAUGAGAAAUGGUAUUGUUUUAAAUAUUUAUACAUAUGGAAUCAUGAUUGAUGGAUACUGUAAAGCUGACAAGAUCGAAGAGGCUCAGAAUCUCUUUGAUGAGUUGGUUAGUGAAAAAGUGGAGCUAAACGCUGUUGUCUAUAAUACAAUGAUCAGAGCUUACAGUAAAAAUGGGAACAUUAUGGCAGCUUUUAAACUUCGUGAUGACAUGAGACGCAAGGGCAUCCAACCAACAAUUUCCACAUAUUCCUCUCUAAUUCAUGGCAUGUGCAAAACUGGUCUUGUUGAGGAUGCAAGAGAAGUUCUUGAGGAAAUGAGAGCAGAGGGCUUGUUGCCAAAUGCCAUCUGUUAUACAGCACUUAUCGGUGGUUAUUGUAGGUUAGGCCAGAUGGACAGGGUUGGGAAUAUCUUGCGGGAAAUGUCUUCAAAUAAUGUACAACCAAACAAAGUUACCUAUACUAUUAUGAUUGAUGGGUUUUGUAAAUUAGGUAAUAUAGAAGAAGCAACUAAGCUUCUAAAUGAGAUGAAAGAGAAAGGAUUGGUCCCAGAUGUUGUUACCUAUAAUGUCUUUACAAAAUGGUUAUGCAAGGAAGGGAGGGUGGAAGAAGCUUUUAAAGUAUGGGAUCAUAUGUCUGGUACAGGAAUAAACUUAGAUGAGAUUACAUAUACCACAUUGAUUCAUGGGUGGUCUCAGCCAUCGGCAAUCAAGAAUGAAGAGUGAAAGGAGCUUUUGAAAGGAAGCUUAUUGAUGACUAUUUGACCAUGGGACGGCAGUUGUUCAUUGUCUUCCCUUAAGACUUGAUAGCGGUUGUUGAACCUCAAAGGUAAGCUGUCCCUGGACAAUGGACUGAUACUGGCUUGUUAUUGCGCCAUUGUUCAUGGACUAACUUUUAAGGAUGAUGUUUACUGUCGCCCCUUGCUAAAAUCACAAGAACAAUGGAAGAAUGGUUAGUUCCAUACCUCUUCCAACUGCAGCAAGAGAUGGAUAGUGCCAGAUUCAAGCUUCAGUGCGUCAUCAAUUGCAGGAAAUUUGUUGAGUAUCCUGUCAAAAGGCAAGUUAUCUAAGUUAUGAUAUGAUUAUGGCCGAAUCAACUUCUUCUUUAAAUGAUGAUUCCUAUAACUGUAAUUGGGACGUGUUCGUUGCCAGUUUUCAGUUACCCCUUUUUUGAUAACUUCAGGCUCGAGGUCGGGGAUGAAAAGCUGAAACGCCAUUUCAACAACAUUUCAUGGGUUUGCUUAAUAUUUUGAGGGUCGCGGCUCAUCCACACUUGUUCAUGGUGAAGCUACAAGGUCCAUCAACUAAUUUGCCGAAAAUUUUGCUAUUUCCAUUGCAUAUGUGAAUAAAAUAUACUAAUAGCUGCUUGACGUAGCCUUUAUAAAUUUUGAAUUUCAGGUUGUAUAAAAAUAAAAUUAAAAGCUGUGCAUUUUCAAUUUUUCAUUAUAAAAAUUGUUAAUUGAG